AUGCUCUGGAGCUCGUCAGACGAAGCGGCGUGGGCCGCGGUCUGGGCGCGCUACGACGCCGUCGUGCGACGUGGGCCGAAGAGCGAGUUAGCGGCUCUGGACGACUGGUACCUGACCGCUUUUCCAGCUAUUGUGCACACGCGAGCGCCGUUGCCGUACGUGCAAAAGUCAGAGCUGGAACGGAUAUUGAAGUGGAAGCUCACGAAGGGAAAGUGGCGGCCACAGCUGCUCAAGUUUGUGACGGCCUUGAGCGAGCGAGAAGUCGAAGACGCUUCACGUACAGCGUUCGGUCAACUGAAGAGCGGAGACGUUCGCGCUGCGAUCGAGGCGCUGUGUGUGCUUAAAGGGGUUGGCCCUGCGACGGCGUCGGCAGUGCUAGCAGCGCACGACGGAAGUGUGCCGUUCAUGGCAGAUGAAGCGCUCGAGGCGAUUGCCGACACCAUCGGUCCUCGCAAGUACACGCUGCCACACUUUCUCCGUUUUGCAGAAGAGCUUUGUGCGAAAGCAAAGUGGCUGAACAAGCAGCGAGCUGCAGCAAAUGACGACGAGAAAGUGGAAACUGCAGAGUUUUGGACCCCCCAGCGUGUACAGCUGUGCCUAUAUGCUGAUGCGCAUGACAGGGCUGCGCCUGCUUCCGCUUCCACUGUCAUGUUGACCAAAGCGGCUGCUUCUUCAGCUACGAAACGAAAGCGAAACAGUGCGACGGAAGCGUCGCUUCCUACGGAUGGGCAAGCGAUGGGGUUGCUGGAAGAGGGCACUGAUGACAGACAACGAUCGUUGCGGAGGUCGCGGAGAAAUCGACGGCAAGCAGUGGACUCAGCGUUCACGGCAACGCGUGCUUCGCCAUAG